UUCUUUUUCAGCUCACCGCUUCCAGUCGGUGCAAAAGUUAAAAUUAAUACGAACUUACGUAAAACAGACUAGCAGAGGAAGAGUUUUGUUUAUCAGUUUAUAUUUGCAAACCGCUACACUGUAUAAGCGGCUACAGCAGCAAAAACUAAAAACGAAUACGCAGCCGCGUAGAUGGCAGUUACGUCAAUAUCUCUUGUCAGCUUCGAAAAGCGGGCGGAAACCUUUGCGACACCAAUGUUGCUGCCUGUGUAUCUUCGACUGUUUCUUUUUUCCAAAGUUUUGACUUUUGCAUGAGAUUCCUAGAACAAGAAGUGCUAACAAUAAGUUCCAGUCGUCUUCUUGAUUUUAUUUGGCCUGGGAAUGUAGUAGCUGGGAUCAACUCUCGUGUGGGUAAAUAAGUUUGCUUUGAUCGGGGCACAAUGACGCUUCACGGGAAUGAUUUCGCCAUCAUACGCGAUGAAGGAAUGAUCCCAGCAGUCGAAGUUCUUGCGGAUGUGGAAGAGUACGCAUUAUUAACCGGAAUUUCCAAACCAGCAUUUCCGCGAUCGAAAAUAGCCGAUAAAGACAGAGAAAUGUACCGAGAGUAUGUGGCUCGUAGACUGCCCUACUUGCACACUGAGCGUGAUCGGGCACGUUCGCCAGAGCGGAUUCCAGACAUGGUUGAUAAAGUGGUGCCGGAGCGUAUUAGAAGUUUGUAUUCCGCAAUGCUGGAUGGAUUAAAUGGGCCUGAGUGGAAUUUGUUGCCGAUUGACGCGGAGUUUUUUAGUGCAAGGGAUGCGAUUUUGGAGGAACUUACAACAUUGGGAUUAGUUCAAAUGGGAAAAUCGGAAAACCUUUACGUAGGUUUGAUGGUUGUUUUCACGGCUGGCUUGAUUGCCAUUACUGCGGCGCAGCCUUUCCCGAAUUCGCAGUAUCCCAUGGCUGACGAAGCUUCCCGACCGCGUGGCCCUGUUAUCGAGCCUUAUUUUCACGGAUUCUACAACAGUACCCCGCACUUCGUCACCCUCAUCAUGGCCCUGCGCAGCCCGAACACGGCCGGCAUCGCCCUGGAUGUCAGUCCACCUGCAGUUGCGAGACUCGAUUGGAAUGCUUCCUUGCCGCGCGUAACCGUCCUGGCAUCCACCGCUUCCGAUGAAUUUGACAAGGCCAGUGAAGCGAUGCAGCGGGAGGAGGGUUGUCGUGUGGCGUGCGUGGAUCAUGGACAUUGUGAUGGCAUCACGCAUUUCUGCAUUUGCGAACCAUUCUGGACACCGAAUCCUUUUCGCCUGCAUUAUCACCGGUUUGAGACAAACUGCGAUUGGAACGUUUUUGUAGUAAUCGGAGUUCUGGUUGGAAUUGCCGGUGGUCUGCUUUUGCUUAGUGUUCUGUGCCAUGCCUGCUGUCGCCGCAUGGACAAAAAGGAAUCCCCGGCGUAUCGUCGAUACCGUCUGCUCAACGAAGAUGACAUGGAAGGAUUCGGUAAAACGGGUGCUGGAAUGCGUGUACCGAAACGUGCACAACUGGCCGAGUCGGACGAAGAAAGUGAAACAGUUUUCGAGGCCAAAAACCCCAAAUAUUAUGCACAAAACCAGUACGGCACAACUGUUCCAGUGAAAAUGCCCAAGAAGCAGUCUGCCGGUGUUGAUUAGAGAGUUCUCAUUUUUUUCUACCGGUGGUGCAUUUCGUAAUGUUCUCCUGUUUUUUUCUUCGUGUUUCGUCUGCGAUUGCGUUCGUGUUUUAUCCCAGUGGUGUAAUUAGAGAUGUAGCUCUUGGCUUCUUGCUGCAUAAAUACAUUUGAACUUCGAACAACUCACGUGAAUUAAAUGGACAACGAAAGAUUAUCACAGCUU